CGACAGACCAAAUAAAUCCAUACUUCGUAAAAGCGAACCAAAAGCUAGUAGCAGCAGUCGAGGUCUGGAAAGCCGUUCUUCCUCUCCAGGAAGGAGAGACCAUAAAAAAGUGAGUCCAAACCAGCAGCGGAGAAAGGAGGUCGGCAUGUCGUUGAGGGGACAAAGCCAUGACAGGGGGAGUUCUUCACCUCUGAAGAAAAGUUAUGAACCUCCUUCCCAGUCUCUGCCCUAUAAGCCUGAACCUAAUGGAAGAAUUCGUGAGGGCUACAGCUCUGCCUCAUCGAGGAAGGACCGGGAUAACACUGAUCCACGCUUGCUUCAAAAAUCAGCCAAAAGUAGCCCCUUCAAUGGCAGGGGCCAAAGCAAUCCGAACUUGUCUCCAUCGGGGAAAGGCAACCAUGACCCUCCUGGAUACUCUGUCCUCAAAACCACAUUGAAUGGAGAAUCUAGUCUUAAUCUGUCAUUUCAGAGAAAAAGCUCUCACAGUGAAAAGAAAUACGACUCCAACAGGUCACCACCAACGUGGCAUGGAUCGACUUCUUCGAUCCGCAGCUCCUCGCAAUCUCGAGCUUCUUCACCCCCCAAAAAACCCUCAAAUAUUAACAGAACUACCUUUGAAACCUCCAGAACAUCUGACAGCAUCAGAUCUGGUUCUGGCAGACACCGCCAUGAGGACCGUAGCUCUUCUCCCUCUGGAAAGAGGUUUUCCAACAGCGCACGGUGCCCAUCUCCUUCCCUUCAGAUUCCAAUGCAUCAGCACACAUCCUCUCAAAGCUCCAUGGAGUCCUCGGAGUCCAGCCAGGUCUCUGCAGGUUCCACAGGACGAAACAGGGAGGAAUACAUCACGAUGGCUGACUUACCUAAGAUCAAAAUGAUCCAUCCAAGAGAGGGUCCAGGCACUGUGGGGAAGUCACAAAGCCAGCAGCCUGUCAGGAGACAGGAACUCUUUAAACCAGCCAGCCACUCCUUGAGCAAACAUCCGUCCACAGACUGGGAAGAUACAGGAGACACAGAGAAAGAAUGGCACUUUGGAGGUUAUCUAUCCCGAGCUCAAUCAUACACCUCAUUACAGAGAUCAGGCAGUCCCACGGCAGACGAGGGCAGCUCUUGGAAAAACAGCCAUCACAAAUCAGAUCAAAUGCAGCCUGACCUGUUGAACUUCAAAAAGGGAUGGAUGUCAAAACUGGACGACAGUGGGGAGUGGAAGAAGCACUGGUUUGUUCUGACUGACGCUGGGCUGAAGUAUUACAGAGAUUUGACCGCAGAAGAGAAAGAUGACUUGGAUGGAGAGAUUGACCUGAAGUCCUGCGUCAAAGUGUCUGAGUUUAAUGUGGAGAAGAACUACGGCUUUCAGAUACAGACUCGGGAAGCUGUAUUCACACUGUCUGCCAUGACAGCUGGAAUCAGGAGGAACUGGAUAGAAGUUUUAAAGAAAUGCAUUCAGCCCAGCAGCUCUCCGGACCUCACACAAUUACCAGACAACAGCAGCGACAAGGAAAACUCCCACGCUCACGUCCCACUCUCUUCCCGUCACGGCGAGUCUCCGUCAGUCAUCUCUGCGCCCUCUCUGACUCAGCACAGGUUUGAUUACGUGGAGCUGUCUCCCGUUCUCGCCUCCUCGAGCCCCCACCCCGCCAGCCAGCGGGAAGCAGGAGAAGGCCAGGUGAGGGAGCAGGGCCGCUGGCAGGAGGAGGUGAACAUGAGCAGCCAGUGGGAGGCCGUCCUGUCGAGGAAGGGCAGCGGUAAGGGUUCCAACCCCAGACUGCGUUUGGAGGAAGAAAUUGAGAGAAAGUGGGCGGAGCUGGAGCGAAUGCCAUUAAAGGAGGUGAGCUCCUUACCACCGCAUGGAUCACGACCUUCUGGCCAAACUGCCAACGAGGCGCUGCAGAGGGAGGUGGCGUCACUGAGGCAACAGCUGGGGCAACUAGAGGGAGGAGGGGGCGAAGGCCUGUGGGGCGGCUGCGGCCCCACGGCGCCCUGCAGCCGCAGCCUGGCAGCCAUGGAGCGGGCUCACCAGCAGGCGCUGGAGGAGCUGCAGAAGCAGCACGAACGCCAGAUCGGGGAGAUGGAGAGCGAGAAAGAGAGGCUGCUGCUGGAGGAGACGCAGGACACGGCACGGGUGAUGGAGGCUUUGAAGAAGAAACACAAAGAAGAUCUGGAGAAGGUGAUGGAGAUGCUGAGCGCUGGGCUGGACCCGCAGGCGUUACAAGUGCAGCAACAAGCUGAAACUCAGGCCUUGAAGAGGGAACUGGACAGUUUAUCCGAACGCUACUCUCAGAAGUGUUUGGAGCUGAUCCGAGCCGAGCAGAUCAACGCCGACAGAGAGCGCGAGGUCAGCCGCAAAGAGAGAGACAUGGAGCAGCUGAGGAAGGAGAACCUGGACCUAAAGGAUCGUUUGAAGGAGGAGAUGAUCCGUGUACAAUCCACCGGCACGAAUCAGAGCUCUGAGGACGACAAAGACCGGAUAGCCUGUGAACUGCAGGUUGUCCUCAGAAUGAAAGACAAUGAGGUGGAGUACUUGCAGAAAGAAAUGCGCUGCCUCAGGAACGAGUUGCAGUUUCUAAGCAAGGAAAAGCAGUUGGCCUGCGAGCGGUUCACCGAGGCAAACGUGGAGCUGGGCACAAUGAAAGUCCGAAUGGAGCGAGAGAUUCAGAAUCUGAAAGAGCACUUGAGGCUGGCCAUGGCGGCUCUGCAGGAGGGCCAAAAGCUGGGGAACAGCCUGGAUCACUGAGAGGCUGCUGCUGGUACUGAAGCUCACGCAGACACAUGUGGACUGAUGGAGAUCAGACAUUGGUAGGGCAUCCAGUGUCAGCCAAAAUUUAACUCCAAGUCCCUUUAGAAGAUUUUGGAUUUUUUCUUUUCAUUUUUUAACUUUUUUUUUUAAUCUGUCACCAAGUUACCUGUAUUAAGAAAGGAUGCAGAAACAAGGAGAUGGAUGUCUUCAGCCGUGUCAGGACUUUAGCUUUCAGUCAUUCUGCCAAGGAAAAGCUAUUACUGGUAUUUGGUUUCAUUACACUGGGCCACAUAGUAUAAAUGAAUAUAUGGAAAAGUGCACUUUUCACUUUUUAUUUUUACUUUUGAAAGUAGAAGCUUGUAAAAGAGUGCAUUCAGUCUAACUACUAUAUUUUGUAAAUGGAGUUUAUAUGAUAUCAACUUUUCAAUGCCACUGUAUGUCCCCUGAGACAGCAGGGUUCAGAUGCUGUCGUCAGGUAUGAGUCAUGUUUACUUUGAAAACGGCACACAUUUCUCACAAAAAGAGGCUUAUUUACUGUAAUUCCUUUGUGUUUCUGUUGUUUGAAUGCGAGGUCCUGGAAUCGUUGGGAUUAAAAUGUGACAAAAUGGGAGGAUUUCGUAAUCUCUGCAAGCUGCAUGGAUGUAUGUAUGUAUGUAGACACGGUUUUAGAUGGAGCUUUCAUCAGUGGUGUGUGUGCAAACUGUUGUUACAUGAUGUUUGUAUGUUCACGCUUCCCGUCUCCUGAUCAUUCUCGGUAUCGUCUGCCACCACAGCAAAUGACAGGUGUUGCAUUAAUGAGCCAGUUUUUUUCUUUUUUAUAUAAAUGUUUCUUAAGUUUUGUGAAAAUAUCUACAUGUGUUUUGAAGAUAUAUUUAAUGUACUAUACAGACUGUAUGGUCUUUGUAAAUUAUACUCAUUUUUGCAAUCAAUAAAGUAACUUGAGUAGAAA